GCUACCUCAGUCAGUGCCAGGUGGAGUGUUGCGAUGCUAGUACUCAGUGUGUCUUCGAGCACCAGGCGCACGAUGGUAGCCAACAGUCAGGAUACUACGAUGCCGAUGGGCCCUCCGCCCUGUGCACUGGCAGCGGUGCCAGCCGCCUGGCCUCCCCUGGAGCACUGCUGCUGCUACUGCUGGGACUGCAGCUCUCCCUGCAGCGCCAACAGACGGGCUGGGCUAGAAACCUGCUCCUAGUGAUGGUGCUGUGCUGCGCGACCAGCUUGCAGGGGUGUUCUCUCUUCAUCCCCAGCCAUCGGGUGCCCAACUGGAGAAAGGACUCCGACUACCUGGUGCGCUUUGAGCAUGUCCCAGAUGGGAAGCCUGAGACUGCAGCGACUCUGAACUCAUGCAGCGCUCUGAACUCCCAGGAGGGUGACGAGGUUUGCUCUGGCAGAGGGCAAUGCAAGCCCUGGUCCAUCCAGCCCCUCAAGGUGGCGACCGUGAACAUCACAGUGCCAUCCAUUAGUGCACUGUCCUUCUGUGAGUGCGACUACCAGUGGGCCGAUCCUGAGUGCCGGACAAGGCGGAAAUCUCAGAUGAAGGCCUUCUUGCUCAGCCUCUUCGCUGGCAUUUUCGGUGCCGACCGGUUCUAUCUGGGCCUCUGGGUCUCCGGGUGCGUGAAACUGGUUACACUCGGCGGUCUGGGACUGUGGUGGCUUUUUGACGUUGUUCGCGUUGGAUCCGCACCGGUUUAUGCAGAUGACUUCAAGGUUGCAGCGGACCUACCUCACUGGCUUUACCUGCUGAUAGUAAUCCUCGUCUUCGGCGGGAUUGGCCUCGUGUACAGCUUGGAGCUCUAUGGCAGGCAGAGGAGGCAGAAGCGGCAGGAGGCCAUGCAGUUCAGUGUCGACGAGGAGGCGACGCUACUGAAGGCUCCUUUCUCCGAGAGUCAGCGGCCAAGCAGCUGUCACACAGACGUUCGCACAGAAGCUUAUGCUGGCAACUUUCAGACCCUUCUCCUUUGCCAGAGGAGUUCAGUACAAGCUUUGAUGUCGCCUGACUGGACCCUGCCCCCUACUCCCGCUACUCCUUUACCUGAUCCCUGCACCAAAAACAUACAAGCAAGCCUGCGACUCUGUUCUUUUUGUUGUUUUUCACAUCCCGCCUUGGCGUAA